AAACUGUUAAUUGUCUAUGCUGCCUGUUCUCUCCUCUAUCCUCUCUUUUGUAACUCAACUUAGUCAAUUCACUUUUGUUAGUGAAUUUGUCCAUGGGCAAUAUUUGCUCGUUGUUAAACUAAUAACUGAUUGACAAAUUCAAGUAGUUUAAUCUUAAUUUUGAUAUAACCUAAGUAAUGGGUGAUAGUGAUGAUGAAUAUGAUAGGAAGCGAAGAGACAAAUUUCGAGGUGAACGUACAGAGUCUGUGAGAGGCAGUGAAAAUCGAAGAGAUGAACGUCGAAUACGUGAUGACUGGAACGAUAGAGAAAGCUGGGGUACUCGUAAUAGAGGCAGAGGAGACUACAGAGGACCAAUGCGAGAUAGAUAUAGUCCAGGAGCACAAAGAGACUUGUCACCUCCAGUAAAAAGAAUGCGCCCUGAUUGGGAAGACCGACGUAUUGGAUAUGAUCCACCUGGUUAUGGUUAUAGCGCCCCAUGGGAUCCUCCUGGUCACCAUAUGCCUCCAGUUACUAGAACUAUACCUAUGAGAGAUCCUGGUGCACAUGCUGUUGGUCAUGCAGCACCAUUAGUAGAUCAAUCGUCUGGGGAUACUCAGCCACCUAUGAUGUCAUUAAAGGCUUUUUUGUUAACUCAAGAUGAUAAUAUUACCGAUGAGGAAGCUCUAUCUAAAUAUAAUGAAUACAAAUUACAAUUUAAAAGAAAUCAGUUAAAUGAAUUCUUUGUUGCUCAUAAAGAUGAGGAAUGGUUUAAAAUUAAAUAUCAUCCUGAUGACAGUGUUAAACGCAAAGAAGAGCAAAAUAUCGCCAUUAAAAAACGUUUAGAUGUGUUUAAAGAAUUUUUAUCAAAAAGCAAGAUUGAUGGUAUUGUUAUUGAUGCUGAUAAUCCUGAUCCAUUAGUUCACCUUUUGGAUUCUAUUGUAAUCAAACUUGAAGGAGGCACUGAUUUUGAUUUAACUGUAUUAGAUCCUGUUAAACUACAAAAAACUAAAGAAGAAACUGAUAUUUCCAAUGAGCAAAUUAAAAUUACUGAGACUGUUGGAAACUCAGAUGGUGAAGUAGAUAGUGACAAAGAAGAUGUUGUAGAGAAAGAGAAAAGCGAUGUUUCUAAUAAUGGUAACAUUGGUGAUGAUUCAAAAAAUGAAAAUGGACAAAAAUCAGAAGUUAUGGACAUAACAAACGAUAAUGAUCAUAGUAAUGUUGUAAAACCUUUGGCAUUACAUCGUACUACAUCAGUUUUUUUAAGAAAUUUAGCUCCUACAAUAACAAAAUUCGAAUUGGAAACUAUUUGUAAACGAUUCCAAGGUUUUAUGCGUUUAUCUAUUGCAGACCCUUUGCCAGAACGAAGAUGGUUUAGGCGUGGUUGGGUAACUUUUGAUCGAGAUGUUAACAUUAAAGAAAUAUGCUGGAAUCUCAAUAAUGUUAGGUUACGUGAUUGUGAAUUGGGUGCUAUCGUCAACAGAGAUUUAAGUAAAAGAAUUCGAUCUGUUAAUGGAAUUACUAGUCAUAGACAAGUAGCCCGGAAUGAUAUGAAACUUUGUGCUAAUAUUAUAAAUAAUUUUGAUAAACGUGCUGAUAUUUGGCAAACUAAUAAUGAAGAAACACCUGCUGAAUGUACUUAUGGAGUUGUUUCACACAAUCCUGUAUUACAAAAUAUUACUGACUUUUUAAUUGAAGAAGCUUCUGCUGAAGAAGAGGAACUUUUGGGAGAAAAUGCUACUUGUGAACCUGAAGAUACAACUGACAAAGAUGUACAAUUAUUCAAGGCACUUGAUAAAAUGUUACUUUAUUUACGAAUCGUUCAUUCAGUAGAUUAUUAUAAUCAUAGUGAAUAUAUAAACGAAGAUGAGAUGCCUAAUCGAUGUGGUAUAAUGCAUGCCCGUUGUGCCCUUCCAAGUAGUCCACCUACUCAGCAAGAAAUUAAUGAUUAUUGUCAAAAUUUUCAAACUAAAGUUAGUUCUCUAACUAGUUCAACUCCUAAUGAAAUUAGCGAAAAAGAAUUAAUUCAACUUGGAGCAAAAAGUGAAGAAGAAGAAAUUGAAAAAUUUGUUACAGCUAAUACACAAGAAAUAUCUAAAGAUAAAUGGUUGUGUCCAUUGUCGGGUAAAAAAUUUAAAGGUCCAGAUUUUGUGCGAAAACAUAUUUUUAAUAAACAUAUUGAUAAGUUAGAUGAUGUGAAGAAAGAGGUUAAAUAUUUUAAUAAUUAUUUGCGUGACCCAAAAAGACCUCAAUUACCAGAACAUCCUGGAAAUAAACAACCUAGAAAAGAGUUAAGUGAUACACCCCAGCCUUAUACUCCUGCUGCCAAUCCUUAUCAAUUACCUGGAUAUCCACCAUAUGGAGGUGGUGGAUUUGGCCGAGGCAUGUAUGGAUAUACUAGACCACCAGCGCGUGGAGGUUUUAGAGGUGGCAGGGGUGGUUUUGAUUAUAGACCCAUUAUUCAUUAUCGUGAUUUAGAUGCUCCAAAAGAACCAGAAGAAAAUUUUAUCUAAAUAAUUAUUUAUUCAAACAUCUAUAUAGUUUAAGUUAUGUGUUUGCAUUUUUACAACAUUGAUAUUCUAUUUCAAUUUAUGUAUUAUAUGGAUCAUCUAUAAAAUUUAAACAAUUUAGACAACUAUUAGACAUUCGUUUUUUUUUUUUUUUUUUACUGUAAUUUGUUUAAAAUAUACAUAUUUUAGCAAUAGUUUAACAAUUAUAUUUGGCUGAUAUGAAUGCACAAAAUAAUUAUAAAAGAUAAGUAAUAAAUUUUCUGUGACAAUUUUUCCAAAAUGUAUUAUAUUCAAAAUUAAAAAAAAAAUUAAUAUUCUUUAUA